AUGUGCUGUACCACAGGAAAGGACGCCUCCUUGAAACGAAGUUCAUCAGUUUUUGUUUACAAGCACUGGGUGUCAAGCAACUGGCUUUUGUUUGAAGGUUUGCCAGCCUAUCAGCUACGCAGCUACUCAGUUACUCUGGUUCAAGCCGUUCUGUUCGAGUCUCAGCUUCUCUCUUCGACGUGUGACGGAGAGAUGCCUCUCAGACGCCAUCGUGUUUGGCCUUUCGUGGCCAUUGCCUUCCUCUUCCGCAUGCAGCUCAACUUCGUUGGCCCACCUUCCCCGCAGCGCCACGCCCCUGCUCGGAUUGCUCGGCAGUUGUGGCCCCGCAAGUCGGAGGGGUCAGAGUCCCACCAAGACAUCAACAGCAUGGACGUUGGUUCUGUGUCUCGCUGGCUUACAACUAUGGACUUAAAGAAGUAUGUCUCAAAGUUUGAAGAUGCCUCUGUUGAUGGAAAGUUGCUUGCAAAUUUGACAGAUGAGGACCUCCAGGAAAUUGGUGUGGAUCGCGGAAUCCAUCGAAAGAAGAUUCUGACACGUCGAGAUGAUUUGGUGGGGCAAAGCCUGGCCCCAUCAGCAGUUCUUGAUCAGUGGCGCUCGGAUCGUCCUGGAGAGGGUGAUGCUACAAAGCCAGAUCUUGAGAGGAGGCAAUUUGCCACAAGGAUUUCGAAUUACAUGAAGAAAGCAGGACUGACACUCGGAGUUGCCCAAGCAAAAAUCGUCGAAGAAGUGGACAACAUUGAACACAACCUCCUGGAGCAAAGCAUCUUAUUGGAUGCCCUUCAAUCUAUGAAUGAGUGGGCAUGGAGUCAGACAGUUGACCAGCCUGGUGAGGAGUGUGUCAGGGAGGAGGUGCAGAAAGACUUGAUCCAAAUCCAGCUAGCAAAAGCUGGGCUGAAGCAAAGGAUGGUUGUGACAUCAGUCAACAGCAAGCAGUUAGCAGUUGCGAUCAUCAGUUAUUGCGAGUCGGUGAAAUCAAGCAAGGCAAGUAACUCCGAGAAAGACUUCGCUGUAGUCCAACUCAACGAAAGUGUGCAGACUUGGAAAAAAAAGAUGGUGGAGCAGGUGGAGAAAGCUUCAUUUUGCCAUCACGGUCUUGUUGAGCGGGCUUCUGCUCGCAUAAUGGGGUCCAAGCUGCCAGGAGGGCUUGCUGCGCAGUCCAACCUGGACGAAUUUAAGAGGUUGAUAGAAGAGAAGGAAAGAGCAGCACAGAAAUGCAAACAGAUUCGCAAGUUGGCAGAUCCUGAUGUAGAACUAGCCCUGAAGGCCCGGAUGAGGGGCGGACUGAAGGAAGAGUUAGAGGUUGAAGAGAACGAGAUGGUCAGACUUGAAGAGUGCCAAGCCAGUCUCACAGCCCAGAAGCAGAGCCUUGAGAAGGGCAAAGAGUACUAUCGAGGUCUUCGUGCACAACAGCGAAACGAGACAAAGAACACACGCAAUUUCCACAUCAUGCGUUGGUGGCGACGUGACUGGAAAGAAGAGAUGGAGGUCUUUAAAGAUCAGGUGCAACAAGAUGAAGAGGAGUGGAAAUUAGAUGAACAAAACUUUGACGAGGACAAAAAAGUUUUGGACGAUGAGUUGAUGGACAUCGCUCACCAAAAGGAAAAACUUCAAAGGAAGAUACGAGAGCUCAAGAUGAAAGAUUCUGAGGACUUCUGGAAAAAUACUCUCGAGGCUGAGGGCCUGCUUUCGGCAGAGGCCGAAGUGAAAGAGAAAGAGGAGAAGUUGAUUGAACUCCGGCGACAGUUCCAGGAACUGAUGAGGAAGACGGGGGUGGCCAAUCCCGACGCCGCUGCAAAUCUCAUGCUGCAGCAUGAAAAGUCCAGGAUCCUGCUUGGGGAGGCAAGUGACAUAUCAUCAGAGGUAGCCACCCGCAUGAAUGAAUUUAUCUUCCAGGUGGAAAAGGUCAUAGUCCAUGGCCUUGCGAAUGUCGAGCAGCAAGAGCAACUUGCAACUGCACUCCUCAUACUUCAUGAAGAACACCAAAGACAGGGCCGCCGGCUCAAGCAGCACAAGCAGAUGGUGUUGGAGAGGCUAUGGGACUCAGCAGCAGGAAACUUGUUGAAUCCCGCGGAUCGGAACAGAACUGCAUGAAAAUUUACCAAGGUUUUGCGUCUCUGUGGUACGGACAUGCAAACAUGGCUUUCAAAGCAAGCAGCGCUUUACCUGAAUGCAGGCAAACAACUCACAGAUGGCCAGCCUUUCUCAGGUAUUGUGGCUCCUUUGCUCAACAGAUUUUGGUUAAGGUUUUUCAUGGCCGCACAAGCUGGCAGCUGGAAAAAGUUAAUUUGUCGACAUUUGUCGUGUAUUGUGAUGUUUGCCUUGUUGCAAAGUUUCG